GCAGCAGCAUGGCAGCCCCACAAGGAGAACCUCAAGUGCAGUUUAAGCUUGUUCUGGUUGGUGAUGGUGGUACUGGCAAAACAACAUUUGUAAAACGUCACUUGACUGGUGAAUUUGAGAAGAAGUAUGUAGCUACCCUGGGUGUUGAAGUCCAUCCUCUGGUAUUCCACACCAACAGAGGUCCUAUUAAAUUCAAUGUAUGGGACACAGCUGGGCAAGAGAAAUUUGGAGGUCUCAGAGAUGGCUAUUAUAUCCAAGCUCAAUGUGCCAUCAUAAUGUUCGAUGUAACAUCAAGAGUUACAUACAAGAACGUACCUAACUGGCAUAGAGAUUUGGUACGAGUCUGUGAGAACAUCCCUAUAGUGUUGUGUGGCAACAAAGUGGACAUCAAGGACAGGAAAGUCAAAGCAAAGUCAAUUGUCUUUCACAGGAAGAAGAAUUUGCAGUACUACGAUAUUUCAGCCAAGAGCAACUACAACUUUGAGAAGCCCUUCCUUUGGCUGGCCAGAAAGCUAAUUGGAGACCCCAACUUGGAAUUCGUUGCCAUGCCCGCUCUCGCGCCACCAGAGGUCGUCAUGGAUCCAGCAUUGGCAGCACAGUAUGAGCAAGACCUACAGAUUGCUCAGACCACUGCACUGCCAGAUGAGGAUGACGACCUGUGAGGGAGUGAAGCUGGAGCCCAGCGUCAGAAGUCUAGUUUUAUAGGCAACUGUCCUGUGAUGUCAGUGGUGCAGCGUGUUUGCCACUUUAUUAUUCUAGCUGAGCAGAACAUGUGCUUUAAUCUUUGGGAUGCUGAAAGAGAGAAUGGGCUUUGGAGUGAAUGUGGCAGUAAAAAAAAAAACCUUCAUUUUGGACCUGCAUAUUUAGCUGUUUUGGACUGCAAUUUACUCCCUAUUUGAGUUUCACAUCUGACUGCUGCAGUCACAUCACAGUAUUCAGUGGUAAAUCUUGUUUGUUACUGUCAUUCCCAUUCCUUUUUGUUUAGAUCAUAAUAAAGUUGUAUUAAAAAUA